AUGCCGGCAAGGCGGCGGCAGAGAGGCCGCAGAGGUGCCGGAAGGGCCUUUGAAAGAGAUACGCCUAGAGAAGAGCAUCAGUUCACCCUCAGCCAGGAAGCCCGCAACACCGAGCGCCACUCCUUCGAGCGCAGCAGUCGACAGCUCCGCUACCAGACCGUCCAGUUCGUCAGCGGAGGCCAGAAGGAGCCCGACGAUCCCUCAGUCCUCAGGAACCUUGAUAACCUCGUCCUCGACCAGAAGGAUACCAAAGAUAAGGAUGUUGAAGUUGAUGUUGAAGUUGUGGACGUUGACGUUGUCGAUGUGGAUGUCAAAGUCAAUGUUGAGGUCGAGGUCGAUGUCGAGGUAGCUGAAGCUGAAGCUGAAGCUGGCAAGGAUGAAGACGAGGAAGAAGAGCUCUAUGUUAUUGAUACAGAGGGAGACAAGACUGUUAAGCCAACGCUUCCAAACCCAGUCAUCAACUGCGAUUCCUCUGAUUCAGGUGAAGAUGAGGUCGUCUUUACUGGCAGAACACCCCUCUGGAGACGACAGGACCGCUCGAGAGUCAUCAACGAUCCCCCAGUAGCAGCAGCUACUACCACUGCUACUCCUACUAUUACUACAUCUCAAAAAACACCUCCAAAACGCAGCCAUGAUGCAGUCGACGGCAGAGACACGACAUACAGAAGACAUUCUUCUCGCAGGGUGGUGCUGGAGUUUGGUAACGAGUCUGCGGAUUCAGACGCCGUGGCAGACUACCUUGCCAACAUCAUUGGAGACGACAGCUCUGACAGCUCCGAUGGCUCGUCUGGUGAUGAGAUGCCAGAUAAAGCCGUCACUCCCAAGACUCCCGGCAUGUCUGGUCCAGAUGACAUUGAGGAAGAAGGUAGCUCCGGCGAUGAAGAGGACGAAGACGAAGACGAAGAGGAUGAAGAGGAUGAAGAGGAUGAAGAGGACGACGAUGAAGACUUUGACUCUGAUAUGCAGUGGAUGUCCGACGAACAGCUUGCCCACCUUCUCGACACAGGCGACAUCCCCGACAUGGACGCAGACGAGAUCGACUUCUUCACCAGCCAUGGAUUCGCCAGGUCCGGUCCAGCAGCAUCCGGCGGGAAGAAGAAGAACAAGAAGAAUGUCAAGAAGAAGAAUGGACAGCUACGCGAACCCAUCUCGGCCUCUAGACUCGCAGACAUGUUCGAUGAAGACCCUUACGGCGCUUUCGACAUCAUGGACUACAACCGGCCGAGUCUCAUGGGCAAAAAGACAAGAGGCAAGAUGCCCGGCUUCGACCUGUCCGACAGCGAGCUCGAGUCCAACAUCCAGGCCUCGUGGGAGGCUGACCGGCGCAAGAAGAAGGCGAGGAAGCUCGAGCGAGAGGAGUUGCGUGCUCAGGGUCUACUGGGCAAGCCUGGCAAGUCUCGUCCUCGAGGCCAGACUGCCGACGACAUUCGCGAUGAAAUCCGCUCUUUCAUGAUGUCCCGCACUCAGUCCCUCCAUCUCCCUCCCAUGGCCAAAAAGGACCGUAAGGUCGUCCAUGAAAUGGCCAACGCGCUCUCCCUCAAAUCCAUCUCCCGCGGCAAGGGCUACGACCGCUUCCCCAUCCUCACAAAAACACGCGGCACGCCCACCUUCUACCCCGACGAGGUACACGAACUCGACGCCCUCUUCUCCCGCAGACGAAUCACUCGAUACUCUGAGAAACGCCGUGCAGGUCCAUCUGGUCUACGCUCGACCAAGUCCCGCGGCGAAACACGCGCUGCCUCGUACAUGGACGGAGACGUCGUCGGCGCGUCGGCACCAGAGAUCGGAGCUGAUAACCGUGGUCGAGCCAUGUUGGAGAAGAUGGGCUGGAAUACAGGCAUGUCUCUUGGUGCUGCCGAUAACAAGGGCAUCCUCCAGCCUGUCAUCCACAUCGUCAAGACUUCCAAGGCGGGACUCGGGUAG